GGUUUUCUCGCCGCCCCGGCUGUGUCUGUGUGUGCUGGCGAGGCUCAGAGUACAGCGGAGCAGGCGGCGGAGGACACGGACUCUCCUCUCACUCCGCCGGGCUCCGUGCGCGUGUCGCCGCCGCUCCGCUCCAGAUCGGCGCUCUGUUUCUGUUCCUUUUGCGGAAGAAGGCGCCGGCCCUCUGCGGGGAGGGAGGGCGCGCCCGCAAUGAGAGCCGCUGACGGAGGACCGUGAGUGGGACUGCUGUGUGAGGAGAGCUCGAGUCGCGGAGCUCCACAGGGAGGAGUCACAAUGUUCCCCCGUUUGUUCAUCUGGAGUUGAGGAUCUAAACGCAAAUUACUCUCGCGGGACGCUUUAAACAGGGCUGGCUGUAAGGGGGCGGAGCCAGUCUCACCUGGAAUGUACCUGCUGGACAGCAUGGAGAGGGGUUCUCCUCAGAGGAGGACUGUCUACCGGAUCUCCCUGACUUUGGUGAAGAAGGAGAGCAUGGAUGAAGACCAGCCUCAGCAGGCAGGUGACGCCACACCUGGGGGUUUUGGGAGGGAGGGCUCCAUGGAGGUCCAGAGGGGCGGGCAGCUGGAGGAGCUGAGGGAGGUGGAGGACGAGGCCGAGGAGUUCAGCCCGUCCCGCGGCUUUCUGAGGAGCUUCAGGACGUUCAGCACCGGACAGCUGGAGCUGGGGAAGCUGAAGAGCUGCAAGAAGCUGCUGAAGGCCCGGAGCCCGCUGGCCGAGCAGAAGAAGGAGAUGCCCGGUCCCGGUCCGGACGGCGAGGGGUCAGGCCCGGCUCAGAACGGCAGCUCGUCCAAGAGGAAGAGGCUGCUGAAGGCGAAGAGCGUGGAGGACAAGCGGUCCGAGCCUCCUGUGAACGGAGACGGGCCGGCGUGUCCCGGGACCCCCCCUCUGAAGCCGGCGCCCCUCCACCGCAGCUUCAGCUUCCGGCACUGGAGCGGCAGCGAGCUGCUGCGGGCCCUCUCCAGGGACAAGCAGCACAGCAGCUCCGGCUCCAUCGCCCCGCGUCCGCCCGACCCCGCCAGGGAGAAGAGCAGGACGCUGGAGGUGGGCGCCGUCCUCAACCGGACCGAGUCCCUGACGGAGCUGAGCCGGGAGGCCAAGAACCGCACGCUGGACAACAGCGACCUGCUGCUGCUGAAGGACGCCGACGGCAGGGGCGGCUUCCUGAGAGGGGGCGGGGGCCGCUCCAGCGAGAGGCGGCUGGUCCGUUUCUUCAGCGGGAUCUUCAGGAGGGAGGGGGCGGCGUCGCCAGCCGGCAGCCCGGGCACGGGCCGGUCCCUGAGGCGCAGCAGGAGGACGCCGCUGACCCAGUCCAGCUCUGAGAGCAUGAACGGCACCGACGACGCGUUCGUCAACAGUCAAGAGUGGACGCUGAGCCGAACGGUUCCCGAGCUCAAAGUGGGCAUUGUGGGAAACCUGGCCAGCGGGAAGUCGGCGCUGGUGCACCGGUACCUGACGGGAACGUACGUGCAGGAGGAGUCGCCUGAAGCUGACGUGGACGCAGGCGGCAGGUUCAAGAAGGAGAUCGUGGUGGACGGUCAGAGUCACCUGCUGCUCAUCAGGGAUGAAGGGGGACCCCCGGAGGCUCAGUUCGCGCUGUGGGUGGACGCCGUCAUCUUCGUCUUCAGCCUGGAGGACGAGAUCAGCUUCCAGACCGUCUACCACUACUACAACCGGCUGGCCAACUUCAGGAACACCACCGAGCUGCCGCUGGUGCUGGUCGGCACACAAGACGCCAUCAGCUCGACCAACCCGCGGGUCAUCGACGACAGCCGGGCCCGAAAGCUCUCCAACGAGCUGAAGCGCUGCACCUACUACGAAACCUGCGCCACCUACGGCCUCAACGUGGAGCGAGUCUUCCAGGACGUUGCUCAGAAGAUCGUGGCCACCAGGAAGAAGCAGCAGCUGUCCAUCGGGCCGUGCAAGUCGCUCCCCAACUCGCCGAGCCACUCCUCUGUGUGCACGACUCAGGUGUCAGCAGUGCACGUGAGCCAGACGAGUAACGGCGGCGGCAGUUUAAGCGACUACUCAUCGUCGGUGCCGUCCACGCCCAGCACCAGCCAGAAGGAGCUGCGUAUCGACGUCCCGCCCGCCACCAACACUCCCACGCCGGUCCGGAAGCAGUCCAAACGCCGCUCCAACCUCUUCACGUCGAGGAAGGCCAACGAGCCGGACAAGGAAAAGAAAGGCCUGGAAGCUCGAGCCGACAGCAUCGGCAGCGGGCGAGCCAUCCCCAUCAAACAGGGCAUGCUGCUGAAGAGAAGCGGAAAAUCCCUGAACAAGGAGUGGAAGAAGAAGUACGUGACGCUGUGCGACAACGGAGUUCUCACCUACCACCCCAGCCUGCAUGACUACAUGCAGAACGUCCACGGGAAGGAGAUCAACCUGCUCAGGACGACGGUGAAAGUGCCGGGAAAGAGGCCGCCCCGCGCCAUCUCCACCUGCGCCGCCGUGCCGAGCCCAAACACCAACGGCCUGACCAAGGAGAUGAGCGGUUUACAGCUGGGUCAGACCCCAGGCUCGGUGUCCAGCAGCGCGUCGGUGUCUCAGAUGCCGAGCGGCGUCAGCCUGGUGUCCUUCAGCAGCCGCGGCGUGGAGGGGAUGCACCAGCGCUCCUUCUCCGUGUCCAGCGCCGACCAGUGGGCCGACGCCACCGUCAUCGCCAACUCGGGCGUCAGCACAGACACUGGCCUUGGCGACUCCGUCUGCUCCAGUCCCAGCAUCUCCAGUACAAGUCCCAAGAUGGAGCCACCACCGUCGCCGCACGCCAACCGUAAGAAGCACCGCAGGAAGAAGAGCACCAGCAACUUCAAGGCCGACGGCCUCUCCGGUACCGCAGAAGAACAAGAGGAGAACUUUGAGUUCAUAAUCGUGUCGCUGACGGGGCAGACGUGGCACUUUGAGGCCACUUCGUACGAGGAGCGCGACGCCUGGGUGCAGGUCAUCGAGAGCCAGAUCCUGGCCAGCCUGCAGUCUUGCGAGAGCAGCAAGAUCAAGUCUCGUCUGAGCAGCCAGACGGAGGCGCUGGCGCUGCAGUCCAUCCGGAGUAUCAGAGGAAACGGUCGCUGUGCCGACUGCGAUACGCAAAACCCAGACUGGGCCAGUCUCAACCUCGGGGCUCUGAUUUGCAUCGAGUGCUCAGGUAUCCACCGGAACCUGGGUACACAUCUGUCCCGGGUCCGCUCUCUCGAUUUGGACGAUUGGCCGCUGGAGCUCAUCAAAGUGAUGUCUGCUAUCGGCAACGAGGUGGCUAACAGUGUGUGGGAGGCUAACGCUCAGGGACGCAUGAAGCCUGGGCCAGACGCCACCAGGGAGGAGCGAGAGCGCUGGAUCCGAGCGAAGUACGAGCAGCGGCUCUUCCUGGCGCCACUACCCAGCACCGACCUCUCUCUUGGCCAGCAGUUGCUACGGGCAACGGCGGAGGAGGACCAGCGCUCCGUCGUCCUGCUGCUGGCCCACGGCUCCCGACAGCAGGUCAACGAAACCUGCGGGGACGGCGACGGGCGCAACGCACUACACUUGGCGAGCCUGAAAGGCAACGUCAUCCUCGCUCAGCUGCUCAUCUGGUACGGCGUGGACCUGAUGGCGAGGGACGCCUGUGGGAACAGCGCCAUGGCGUACGCCCGCCAGGCCAACUGCCAGGAGUGCGUGGACAUUCUGGCUCAGUACGGCUGCACGGACGAGCGGCACCCGCUCGUGGCCACGCCCAACCUGUCGCGCCGCAACACCAACCGCAACAACAGCUGCAGCAGCACCGGCAGCACCGCACUUAUAUGACACGGACCCACCCUGACAACCGCUUACUGUCGCAGCUCCAGGCCCCGCCCACAUUCCCUCCCGGUGGUCGCCUCCUGACUCGCCGGAGGGAUGAUUCCGGCGGCGGGGGGGGGAUGGCGGUCCACAGAGCGUUUUGGGAAGCGGUGACUCUGCCGGCGUCGUACCUCACUGCACACGCUCAGACGUCAAAGGCCAGUUCUGGAAUCAUAUCGGGACCGUCACUUCUCCAAGAUAAACUCCUCCCAGGCAGCCAGAUGCCCCUCCCCCACAACAGGUUGUAGAAAGUCUGAUAUCAGUGUGUACAUAUAGGGAAAGGACAGACGGAUUGCAUGUCUUUUUACAUUAAUUUAAAGCUUUUUUUUCCUAGUUUGUGUUUUGUAGUAUUCCAGCUGCUGCUGGACUCAUUGGAAGUUCUUCUGAACAUAUAGAGUCAUGAAGUGUACAGAUGCUUUGUGUGGCUCAGGGACCCGAGACUGUCCAUUAUUCUGCCCCUCCCCCACUCCCCCCCAAAGAAAAAGUUCAGACUGAAUUUUGGUUUAAGCCGCCCGAUGUCCCGAAUUUCAUUUCUGCUGUAAACCGUCUAAAACUGAAUCGUGGAGCAAAAAGGGAACUAAUUUUCUUCAGGUGUUUUUUUAUUUUAUUUCUUUCACCGUCCAAUCAGAUCGCAUCCCUUAUCUACUCAGCCAAUCACUGAGAAGGGCUUCUUCCUCACUGGUGACUUUUUAUUGUAAAUACUUUCUUUCUUGGAUGGCGGCAUCAUAUAAACCGAUUAAAAAAAGGAAGUUUUUGGUGAAAGUAGAGAUUUUUUCUUGAGCGCACGUGUGGAUGGAAGGUUGUGUUGGUAAACCAAAAGGUUUCUUUACUGAGGUCAAGUAUAUGAGUGAAAAUAUCUGGUUGAAUCCUCAAAAUAAGAUCGAAGCCAAAUACAUUUUUUUAAGUUUACACCAUUUUGAAUGAGGACGUUGGAACCACAAGGUUGAAGAAUCUCCGAGUCUUAUUUUAGUCGUUUGACCUGAACUGUGUAGAAAUAGUAGAAGUGUCGUCUUUACUUGUUUACAAACCUUCGUCUGUUGGUGAAAGGAGCAAUACUUACCGUCCUCUAACACGAUUUCAGAGAAACACUCGCCCCGUUUGUGAAACUAGAAUCCAAAAAGGCUUUUAAUUCGACACGGACACUAAAGUUUGCCUUCUUUUUGGUUUGCAUGCCUGCCUUCUUUGUUCCUAACGUUCACGUGCCACGAGUCCGAGUCCUCUUCACGACACCGUCAUCCCGUAGAGGUUUAUUAAUGUGUUUUAUUUGUAUGUUUUUUUUUAUAUAUAUCCGACUCGUCCCUCUUCGGUCCAGAACCGGGACGUUCUGAUGGGACAAAGACGUUUUAUUUAUGACAGAAAUGCACUAAACCUUAUUUAGUCUGUUUGUCCAAAACCACGACUCUGUCCGCCAUCUUUGAUUGCCUUCUGAUGUAAUUUGACCUUCAAGUCGCGACACGUUUCGUUUAGGUAGAAGUAUUAUAACUGUCGGUGGAAAAACGUGGCGCCGUGCACCUAAAAUGUCAAAACUUCACAUAUUUAGAUAAAAAACACAUUUGCUUCGUCGUGAGGCAAAGCUAAAGGUUAGCUAAAGGUUUAGCGGUAGCCUUUACUAGCCAAAACGAUUCACUUCCAUGGCUAAUUUCUUUAAACUCAUCUAUAAUCACUAAGUUUGCUCUUACAAUAAAAACAAUUCCUAAUAAAAAAAAAAAAAAAAACACUAAAAGAUGGGAAACAGUAAAUAAAAACCCGGAAAGAAAAUACUAAUAUGCUAACGUCUAGAAUAACAGUAACUUGAGCUAGUCAGUUUUUAGCUAACAAAUUAUUAUUUUAUCUGUUGUGAUAAUUGAUCAUUUCUUACAUAUUAUUAUAGAAUUUGACACAAAACUGAAAAAUUAUUCCGACAUCCGGUAUUAGCUUAAAACGUGCUUAUUUAACUGCGUUACUAGCUAGCAGUACACAAAUGUGCAGCCUAGUUUGAACUGAAAACAAAUCCUUUCCUUUCUGACUAAAAGCUAACGACUUCUAAAGCAAAAACUAGCUAGCUUUAGCUUCAAGACUAGCUAGCAUCAGUUAGCUUGUCGUAUCGGCAUAGACUCUAUUCAUAUUAAAGUUACAGUUUUGAGAGGUCGAGCUAAAACACAGACGUUACGAAGCGUAAUUGCACUGCUAAAAUGUUUUUUUAAAAAUCGUUGGGUAACAGUCGUUAGCGCUAGCAUUGCUAACUGGCUUUUUAACUUUGCGUAGAUGCUAAGUUUUUACACUAGUUCUUGUCCUGGAAUUGUAAGCUAACUAGUUGUGUCAUUUUGUACGACAGGAGCGGCGGCUAGCAGCCACGUCGCUAACCGGCGGUUUGUUUCUACGCCGCCGUCCGCAGAUGAGUCGCAUUUUAAUCCGCAGAAAAUCCAUCACGUGUAUAUAGAGCGCAGCAAAGCUAAAAAUUAAAAAAAAAAGAAGAAGUGCGGCUGGUUGUGUUACCUCAUGUAGCCUUCUCCCCUGAACCCCACCUCCCCGAGAUGCCCCGCCUCUUAUUUAUGACGCACCUUUUGACCCCUAUGUACAUUUUUCCCAGAAUUCCUCAGUCCAUCCACAGUUUCUCAUUAAUGAUUUGUCAUUCAGAACGCAUUCUUCUCGUCACAGUUAUUCUAUGAUUAUCAUUGUUGUUGAUUUUUUUGUUUGCUGUACAGUACUGUUGUUGAAAAUUCUACCUAAUACAGAGUCUCCUACUGUAACGUGUUUCUUUUCAAUAAAGAUGGAAAUAAUACUUCAUAA